GCUUUGGGAUCCAAGGCUUGCACUGUAUCCCCAACCAACACUAGGCAACGCCCCAAGUCCCCACACUUCCCACUCCGAUAGGCGAAACUGCAAGAACCGGGAGGGGCGGCUGCCGCGUUUAGGCGCGAGGCACAUACCAUACCCUUCCGCAGCUUCCCACCUCCUCCAGACGCACGUGUUUAAAGAGUCCCUGCUCCAACCGGUCCCGCCCCACCUCCGCUCGGCCUCCAGCCCUGCCUGUACUGCUGGCUUCAAGUUUCCUCCGAGAGGCGGGCGUGCACAGCUGCAGUGGCGGCGGCAGCGGCCACCAAGCGCCCGGCGGCGCUUCGCCACCCACCUUUCCUCAGCCGCCGGCGCUGCAGUCUCCGCCCGCCGGGGAGGGCGCGCUCAGCGGAACAGGAGUCGAGGGUGGGGCGCCGAGAGGAGGGAAUCCCGGGUCGCACCGCUACAAUUCUCGCAGUGGCAAAGGCGGCGGCGGCGGCAGCGGCAGCAGCAGGUGGAGCGAGCUACAGCGUUUGGCCUGCAACCAACUGCUGCACCCACCCGGGCUGGAGUUGGCCCGUUGGGUGGAGCCAGUGCUCGCCCCGGUCCGACCCCCGGUUUCCGGGACACUUGGGUUGCGGAGGCCGGCUGGCCGGAGUCACGGUUGGGGACGGGCGCGCCUCGGAGCGCACGGCUGCGCUGGAAGCCGCGUCUGGGGCGCAGGACCAACGGGACCUACCUCCUCCCGGCUACCUAAAGACUCCUUCUCUCGGGAAAGAGCGCUGCCGGCUCUGGGAUUUGGGAGGAGCUCGGAGGCCGCUCGGGCACCUCGCUGGACACUAUCCGUUUGCGCCCCGGAGCGGAGCGCUCGUCUCUCCUCAGCGGUUUAGUGGAGAAAAGCAGAGAGCUCUUCCUGGGGCGAACGGGACCUCCUCCCUCGGUCCUCCGUGGAGUCGUCGCAUCGUUUGUCGUGUUGGUCUCGAGGGGCUCACAGCUUGGCACUAAUUUGCAGGUGUUCGCUGCUGAUUUGGUUUCUUCUUCGAUUUGCGGACGGUUCCCGCCAGCGACUCUCGACACACGUUUUCCUGUCUUCGCCGGAGGGCCGGGUCUGGCGUCGCCGGAGCCUGCGGGAAUCCAGCGCUUAUUCGCUGACCCUCGAGUCGCUCCGCUAGCUGUGCGCCCUCCUGGGCACUAGCCUGGAGAGGAGCGUGCAGACGCGGCUCCUUUGAGGGAGUGCGGUCCUCUAGGGAGGCAUCGGGCUCCUAGGGGCUUCUUGGCGUGUGUGGCGGGAUUGGGGUCCGCCGGCCAUGGCCUUCACUUUCGCUGCGUUCUGCUACAUGCUGUCUCUGGUGCUGUGCGCUGCGCUCAUCUUCUUCGCCAUCUGGCACAUAAUUGCCUUUGAUGAGUUAAGGACGGAUUUUAAGAGUCCCAUAGACCAAUGCAACCCUGUUCAUGCGAGGGAACGGCUGAGGAACAUCGAGCGCAUCUGCUUCCUUCUGCGAAAGCUGGUGCUGCCAGAAUACUCCAUCCAUAGCCUCUUCUGCAUUAUGUUCCUGUGUGCGCAAGAGUGGCUCACGCUGGGGCUGAAUGUCCCUCUACUUUUCUAUCACUUCUGGAGGUAUUUCCACUGUCCAGCAGAUAGCUCAGAACUAGCCUACGACCCACCGGCGGUCAUGAAUGCCGACACUUUGAGUUACUGUCAGAAGGAGGCCUGGUGUAAGCUGGCCUUCUAUCUCCUCUCCUUCUUCUACUACCUUUACUGCAUGAUCUACACUUUAGUGAGCUCUUAACGCAAAGACCAUGCACAUCAUCAGAGACUGAGAUGGGAGAGGCCUGAGACGAAGAGGUGCAUUUCUGCUGGUGACUGGAGGAGGGACCAGAAUGAGGAUACGUGAGAAAUAGACCCGGCAGGCAGUCAGACUGAAUGGGAGCUGGGAUCAUGCAGCAGCUGGGAGCCGAAUUAACCCUGCGUGUCUGUGUCACCCUGUUUGUCAAUCUUUGGCAUUCGAAUUCCACACAUGGGGUCCUAGAGCCCUUCUGAGCAUCAGUGGUGUGGGGGAGUAGGUGACGAAACACUAGACCUCUCCUGAGAGAGAAUUGCUGCUUCCUGAAUCCACUUCAUUGAACAGCACCUUGCAAGUUCAAAUGAGUUCCUGGGAGCGGAGGCUGGAAGGCCGCAAGGUGCUUGCUAAGGAACAGAAUGACCCAGAGUCAAGGCCAAGUCUGCAGGGACCUGUUGAAAGCCUCGAGAAUGUCUUGGCUGCCCAAGACUCUUGUUGCCUUUCUUCCAAGCCAUGGCCAUGCCCUUUUUCUCAAAUGGGAGGGGCUGGAGGGUGUGUGGGAUUUGUCUUCAGCUGCAACCAGCCUUGAGCCUGCUGGGCUAUUUUCAGCUGAGGAGGGGUGAAUAUAGGAAAAAUGCAUUUUUGAAACGUUUGCAACAUGAUCGAGGUGUUAGUUCUCCACCACACAAGUUGUAUUCUUCUUUUGCCACCUCAAACCAUCACAGAGUCAUUAAAUGCAAAUCAAUUGGUCAAUGCUAGUCAAAGCUAUGUUCUUACAAAAACCCCAGACAGCUCAGAGCUCAGAAAAUCCUGUGGAGUGGCUGCUCUGUACCGUGGGCAUCCGGCAGCCAGGAAGUGAGACAACAUAAUUAUAACUUCGUUUUAUGAUGCUGCAUCAUUUGUACUGUUUAGGUCGACAUGAGGACAUCAUCUUAUUUAGAAUUUUCCGUUUGGCAUUCUCUUUUGGGUGGGAGUUACGCUGGGGGUUGUAAAUAAUGACAAGGCUGAGAUUUUUAUGAUGUUUAAAUUGGGCACAAUGAUUUUGACCUUAUUCCCCAAACUUCUUUUCUUUUCUACUGUUUAACAUACACAGGCUAUUUAUACACGUCCCCAGCUCCCAUCUGAAACCUGUGACUCAGGUUUAUGAAUGGUGUUUGUGUAGCAACACAUUGUGUGCUAUGUUUAUUAAAAUGCAGCGACAACUUGA